UCGCGCCAAAAAGAAGUUCAUCUUCAGAAAAACAUCAACUUUGACGAUACAUCUGCGUUUUAAAAAAAAAAAUCUAAAAAAAUCUACCCCACGUUUUGUAAUGAGUGGAUUAUCUCUGCGGCACUUGUGGGUGGAGAUAGUAUUUACAGCCAGUCUAUCUCUAGCUCCAGCGCUGGCCUCGCCGAUUUUAGGCGCCGAGCCGAUUCGCUGCGCGCCCUGCACCCCGGAGAAGUUGCUUGAAUGUCCGGCUGUUGCGCCGGAUUGCGAGGAGGCCCUGCGAGAGCCCGGCUGCGGAUGCUGCCUUACCUGCGCUUUGAAGAAAGGACAGUCCUGCGGAGUUUACACCGCGCCUUGCGCUUCAGGGCUACGCUGCUCUCCACGACCGGAGGACCCUCGGCCCCUUCAUUCGCUUACGAGGGGGCAUGCCGCCUGUACUGAAUCUGAACAAAGCGAAUCUCCUCAAAAUCCAGAAAACGGUGAUGCGAACGCAGACGGCUCCGCAUACCACUUACUGGGACUCAAACCGUAUGAUCCGAAGGACAUUUGGGAGGCUCAGGAAAGCCUGAAAGCAAAGAUCAACGCCAUCCGGAAAAAACUUGUGGAGCAGGGCCCUUGUCACGUGGAGUUACAACAAGCCCUGGAGAGGAUCGCCACGUCCCAGCAGACGUUAGGAGACAAGUUCACCACUUUCUACCUUCCCAACUGCGACAAGCACGGCUUCUACAAAUCGAAGCAGUGUGAAACAUCUUUGGCGGGAGAGCCGGGGAGGUGUUGGUGCGUGUCCUCCUGGAAUGGGAAAAUGAUCCCGGGUUCCACCGACCUUCUCGCGGACUCUGGCUGCCAGCAGGAGCUGACUCACUAGCGCCCUCUCAUGGGGCUACACCUGUUAACACUCAAACUUUCCUUAUUUAUUGAAAACGGUACGUCUAUUUAUUUAAUACUCUUCACACCACUGGUACACUGAUUCUCGAGAAAAGUGACAAAAGAUCACUUUCUGAGUAUAAAUGAAUUUCAGUUUAUUUACAUCGCAUAUACUUAUUUAUUUCACAUAUUUAUGGAUAUUGUGUUUGGUAAUUGUCAUUUUUAAAAACAAGUUUUCUUGCCAAUGAGGUCAGUGAUGGCCUUCUCUCAUAACAAUUUUGACCAAAAAUGCUGAAAUAAAUUACUUCUUUCCAUUCAUGAAAAGCUUAUUCAAAAGCUAGAGCUGUGAAAUUCAUUUUUGUUUUGGCACUGCAGAAAUAUGUAAUAGAUCAGAUAUGACUUUUGAAUGGGUAUUCACAUUAUCUACCUCUGUUAUAGAAUGUAGUUAAUUUUUCUGACCUUUGUGUUUUAUGAAGUCUUGUCUUCAGAUUUAAUUGCUUUUUUCUAAAUAAAAACAACUGCUGCUACUAUUUUGUGUUCUAAAUGAACAUCUUAACCAUUUCUUUGUAUGUUUUUUGUAAAUAUGGCUUUCAAAAUAUCUUUAAUAAAUCAUCUAAUCUAA